GGCGCUGAUGGUUCACUUGCUGUUACAUUCAGUUUUUCUGCUACUAGAGGCUCUGGUGGCUCAAAGGGCGACAUUUGCUUAGAUGAUAUAGUGUUGAAGGAUGGCCCAUGUUCAAAAGAGGAGUGUAUUUGGGGUGCAUGGUCCAAAAACUCAACGUCAUCGUGCUCUGUGACAUGUGGAGGAGGUAUAUUAGAGGAAACUUGGCAAAGAACCUCCACUUCGGGAGGGCCAUGUAGUGAAACUGAUAUUGAAAUAAGAACCAUAGCCUGCAGUGAAGAGCCCUGUGAAAUUGAUUGCGCAUGGGGAGAGUUCAGUGAAUGGGAAGGGGGCAAUUGUACUGAAGACUGUAAGAUAGUGGAACAAAGGAUCAGAUAUUAUGGCGGAGAUGCAGAGUGUCCAGCUGAUAACGAAACUGAAACGCGUACCGUGGAAUGCACCAAGUCACCCUGUAGACGUAUCAGCUGUGAUUUCCAAUCAAUCUCCGCAUGUAGCUUUUCGAAUGACAUCUCCACCGGAUACUUGUGGAGGGAGGGCAACGGGCAAACAGCAACUAGUUUUACAGGACCAGAUUCUGAUCACACAACUGGCCAAGAAAGUGGGAAAUACAUUUACCUGGAAGCGUCAGAUGUGCCGAGAGAGGGAGAGGUGCGGAUAUCCACUCCAGUGUUCGAGAGUUAUGGAGAGUCUUGUGUGACAUUCUGGUAUCACAUGAAAGGGUACUACAUGGGGACCGUCAAUGUUUACGUUGAGGACGAGUCAAGCUCAGUGUUCUCACUGGAUGAAAAGGUUUGGUCAUCAUUUGGUCACAGAGGUCUUCUAUGGAACUUUGCUUACAUCGAUAUUCCAAACCGAAGCACUUUUAGAAUCGUCUUUGAAGGUGUGAGAGGCAGUGCUUCAAAUUCUGAUGCCGCCAUUGAUGAUGUACUGAUCAGAGAAGGCCCGUGUACAGUUGCAGGUUUAGGUGUGUCUUGUGACUUUGAGGACCAGUAUUUAUGUGGGUAUAGUCAAAGUCAAGAAGAUACUCUGGAAUGGUCCUGGGAAACCAUAGCAACACCGACCACUUCCACGGGAUGCAGUAGUGAUCAUACAAACGGUGACGGGACAGGCCAUUAUCUUUACAUUGAAGCAAGCAACAUACAAGCGGGGAGAAGAGCUGAACUUACAAGUGCUUUAUCAGAAUUUAAUCCCGGUGACAAGAAAUGUCUCACGUGGUGGUAUCACAUGAAUGGCGUCAAUACUGGCGAUUUACUGGUCAAUGCAGAUAUUGCAUCAAACAAGAGCACCAUAGCAACUUGGUCAAGAAGUGGAGCACAGGGUAACACGUGGCUUCAAGGCGAAUUGACAGUUAGCCCUGGAGUUGAUGUUACAUUCAGCUUUUCUGCUACAAGGGGCUCUGGGGGCUCAAAAGGCGAUAUAUGUUUAGACGAUAUAUUAUUAACGGAUGGGGAGUGCUGAAUGUUUUUACACGAUUGUUGUUAUGUUAAGUUAUGAGCCGUCUAAGUUUUAGUUGAUUAACAUGUGCCUAAGUUAAUCUUACUUGCGAAUUGAAGAUGUCUGUAAUAUCAACUUGUUAGUUGAUCUAAUAAGUGAGUAGUAAAUGAACUUGUUAGUUGAUCUAACGCAUGGGUUGAUCUAAUAACCGAUCUUAUGUGUGUACAGAUCCUACACGUGGGGGCUAUUCCAAUUGCUGUUUGUACAUUCCAAGCAUUAUUUUCAUAUUUGGUGGUGUAAAUGGUUCUAGUUAAAUAUAAUAAUUAUGUUUUUGGACUAUUUUGUGUCAGUUUUGGACCAUGACUCAAUAUGCACUUAAUGUGGUCUACCUAUUAUUAAUGAUAUUAUUAAUGAUGUGUUUUUUCUAUUUUUCAUAAUUGUUAUACGCAGUAAUAUGUAUAUAAAGGUAAUAAAUUCUACCUACCUGCAAACAAAAGUUCUUAUUUUUGAUAUGUAUAUUGCAAAGUAUCUCGUAGAAUUAAUUGAUGAUUAGGUAUUAGCCCAAUUGGUUUUGUGAAACCCUUUGAUCAGAACAUGUAAAGAGUAAUGUAAAGAAACAUCGGUCCAAAAUAUUUUACACUUUUGGAGUUAGUCCGCUUAGACGGUUAGAUAUUGAUACAAUGACACCACUGUAGACAACGUUAGCUACCUUAAAUUAAGACAGAACGCUAGCUACAUUGAACCAUAAAGGUCCCAUAUAAAGUUUAA